ACUGUACCUGCCAAAAUGAUCAUUAUCACUGUGUGCGUUUUCUUUAACAUUUUGGGGAUGGAGGAAACGACGGAGAAUAACACGUCGAUCGGUGCUGAACGCGAAAACAACGAUAAUAAUCAGGAGGAUAACCGAAGCCAGAACCCAACGCGAACAGCACUUGACGAGUUAAUACAAGAGGAUGCAAAACUGAAGGAAAAUCUUGAAGCCGCACUGGAGUCCAAACGAAAAUGGAGAAUACGAAACGCAGCUUUGGGUAGGCGUAAUUCGAAAUUGGAACUCGAAGUGAAGAAAUUGCGAGACGACAUUAAUGAUCUUCAAGGUGAAGUUGUCACGAAAUCUGAAGAGAGCCACGAAUCUCUCAAUGAAUUGGAAACAUAUAAAUCGCGGAAUAAACAAGAAGCUACUCAAUUCUGGAAAGAUUUUGAAGAAGAAACACAAAAGUAUUCAAACCUAUUUACCAACGGUCACCUCGAAUAUAGUUCAAAUUGUCUGAUGCAAGAGAUUGAAGGAUAUCGUCGACACUGCAGUGCGAUUCGGGAUAAAAUCAACGAUAUCGAGAAAGACAUGGAAGCUUUGCGAGUAAAGUAUGGAUUGGUUGACUCCAGCACAAAUGAACAAGCUAAUCUACUGAAGUAUUUAAAUGAUGCCAAGAAAGCAAUAUCUGAUAAGACGGAUUUAAUUCGUGCUACGAAAUCAGCUGAAAACGAUAUCGCUGUUUUGAAGCUAAAAGUUAAACAGAAAAUUGACGAGAUCGUCUAUCUUCAAAAUAAAUCAAUCUAAUAUAAAUAAGCGAAAUAAAUCUUUGGUAACCUGUAGUAUA